GUGCGAGCAGCGGCGCGGUCACUCGGUACGGGAGUGCAGCAGCCGCCAUGGCAGGAAAAGCAUUUAGGAAAUUCCUUCCCCUGUUUGAUCGUGUUCUGGUUGAACGAUGCGCAGCAGAGACCGUAACCAAAGGAGGCAUCAUGAUUCCAGAAAAAGCUCAAGGGAAAGUGCUGCAAGCAACAGUGGUAGCAGUUGGAUCGGGAGCCAGAGGGAAGGAUGGUGAGAUUCAUCCAGUGAGUGUAAAAGUUGGUGAAAAGGUUUUGCUACCAGAAUAUGGUGGUACCAAAAUUGUACUAGAAGAUAAGGACUACUACUUGUUUAGAGACGGUGACAUUCUUGGGAAAUACCUGGACUGAAGUUGUUGCAGUAUCAGUCAUCCAUUCCACUAAAAUUCUGAAAUGCUUUCUUUCAUCAUGUAAAUAAUGUCCUUUAUUUUAUAAUAAGCAGGCAUUGAGUCUCCAAAAUAACUUGUGAUCUCACUGUAAUGAUGGAACAGAAAUAAAAGUAUGUACAGUCAGAAAUUGGUUGCUCUUGCUUGAGUUCCACUAACAGUGAAAUGCAGAUGACCACCAUCCAGCCUUAAUUAUUCCAAACAACAUCAUUUUUAUAUCCUUAUCUGUGUACUGAAAUUGUAAAGGCCUUUACAAUAAAUUUCUAAAACUGU